GGCUGGGGGCGGAGUCCUGAGGGGGCGGGCCUCUGGCGGCGAGGGGCGGGCGGCGCGGGUGUCCUGUCGCCGCCGCCGCUAGCGGGUGGGCUGACUGGCGGCGGGCUCGCAGUGGCGCGGAGUCCGGGCUGAGGGACAGACCGAGGGCCAUGGCCGCCUCUCCCGGACCCGCCGGCGUUGCCGGCGCGGGAGCUGUCUACGGCUCCGGCCCUUCGGGCUUCGCCCUGGACUCGGGACUGGAGAUCAAAACUCGCUCGGUGGAGCAGACGCUGCUCCCGCUGGUUUCUCAGAUCACCACACUUAUUAAUCAUAAAGAUAAAACCAAAAAGUCUGAUAAAACUCUGCAAGCAAUUCAGCGUGUAGGACAGGCUGUCAACUUGGCAGUUGGAAGAUUUGUUAAAGUGGGAGAAGCUAUAGCCAAUGAAAACUGGGAUUUGAAAGAAGAAAUAAAUAUUGCCUGUAUUGAAGCUAAACAAGCAGGAGAAACAAUUGCAGCACUUACAGACAUAACCAACUUGAACCAUGCGGAAUCUGAUGGCCAGAUCACGAUUUUUACAGACAAAACAGGAGUUAUAAAGGCUGCAAGAUUACUUCUUUCUUCAGUGACAAAGGUGUUGUUGCUGGCAGACCGAGUUGUCAUUAAACAGAUAAUAACAUCAAGAAAUAAGGUUCUUGCAACUAUGGAAAGACUGGAGAAAGUGACUAGCUUUCAAGAGUUUGUCCAAAUAUUCAGUCAAUUUGGAAAUGAAAUGGUGGAGUUUGCACAUCUGAGUGGAGAUAGACAAAAUGAUUUGAAAGAUGAAAAGAAAAAGGCAAAAAUGGCAGCAGCUAGAGCAGUUCUUGAAAAGUGUACGAUGAUGCUUCUCACAGCUUCAAAGACAUGUCUGAGGCAUCCCAACUGCGAAUCAGCCCAUAAAAACAAAGAAGGAGUAUUUGUCCGCAUGAAAGUGGCACUGGAUAAGGUCAUUGAAAUUGUGACUGACUGUAAAUCGAAUGGAGAGACUGACGUUUCAUCUAUCAAUAUUUUUACUGGAAUUAAGGAAUUCAAGAUGAAUAUUGAAGCUCUUCGGGAGAAUCUUUAUUUUCAGUCCAAAGAGAACCUUUCUAUGACACUGGAAGUCAUCUUGGAGCGUACAGAGGACUUUACUGAUUCUGCCUACACCAGCCAUGAGCACAGGGAACGCAUCUUGGAACUGUCAACUCAGGCGAGAAUGGAACUGCAGCAGUUAGUUUCUGUGUGGAUUCAAGCUCAAAGCAAGAAAACAAAAAGCAUCGCUGAAGAACUGGAACUCAGUAUACUGAAAAUCAGUCAUAGUCUUAAUGAACUUAAGAAAGAGCUUCAUAGUACAGCGACACAGCUGGCAGCAGAUCUAUUAAAAUACCAUGCUGAUCAUGUGGUUCUAAAAGCAUUAAAACUUACUGGAGUAGAAGGAAAUUUAGAAGCUUUGGCUGUAUAUGCCUGUAAACUCUCUGAACAGAAAGAGCAGCUUGUUGAGACCUGUCGAUUGUUACGACACGUAUCUGGGACAGAACCUCUGGAAAUAACCUGUAUACACGCAGAGGAGACAUUUCAGGUGACCGGCCAACAGAUUAUUUCUGCUGCUGAAACAUUGACAUUGCACCCAUCUAGUAAAAUUGCUAAAGAAAACCUCGAUGUAUUUUGUGAAGCUUGGGAAUCCCAAAUUAGUGACAUGUCAACACUGCUAAGAGAAAUCAAUGAUGUGUUUGAAGGAAGAAGAGGAGAGAAGUAUGGCUACCUUUCACUUCCAAAGCCAAUGGUAAGUAAGAAUUAUGUUCAUUUCGGAAUGUUAUAAUUCAGAAUUCAAAUUAUGCUCCUGUUGCCUCUUGCUACUUCCCUAUACCACAAAUAACUGACAUAAUAGAAAAAAGAUAGGAUAUUAAUGUUGACUUCAGAAUUGUUAUUAUGGGUAGCAAUCCAAGUGUAGCUCAUACUCUGAAUAUUUGUGUUAGGUUUGGGGGUUUGAGAAAAUAGGUAACAUAAUUUGUGACUAAUAAAAAGCCAUAUCCUAGUAAUAGCAUCAUAAAAAUAAAUAAAUAAGAUUUU